UCAUUUCUCGCAGUCAGUACCCGCGCCUCGAACUUGUCGGGUGUGUAGUGUUGUGAAGUGAUUGGAACUUGCAGAUUGUAUGGCGGCCGAAGUCUGAUAUUUUUUGACUUUGAGGAAAAAGCAUUAAAAAGGAGCGAUGCCUCACGUGGAGAAGCCCCCCGAGGACUUCAGGCGGCUGCUGCGCGAGAAGGCGCUCAGCCACAGCCUGUUCUACCUGAAGUUAGGCGCGGGCGCACCCGUCAGCAGCGUCCCGCGUCGUCGGAGCGUCACCCACGUCAGUCGCGCGGCGCCCGCGCAGCCGGCAGCACGCGCCCAGCCGCGCGUGUCGGAGCUGCUGCUGCACUUCGAGGGGGGGAUGCACUACCUGCGCCCACCGCGUGCCGUCAGCCCCGACAUCAGCUCGUCCGACGACGAGGACCGAGCGGCCGUGCGACGCCGCAGUCGCGACGCGAGCGACGACUCCGCGGUCGAGGUGGAAGAGCCUCGUCGGCGGGCGUCCCGCGCGUCGCCGGACAUGUCCCCGCGCCGGGAGCGGACGCUGGUAGAGGCGCACGUCGUGGACGGUCGCGGCCGAACCGUCCGGACGCCGAGCGUCGUCGUCAGCGACUGGUCGGACGCCGUCGGCGCGUCGCCGGAGGAGGUUGGAUGGCUCCGAGCCCGGGCCCUGUCAGCCGACUCCGCCUGCUCGUCGUGCUCCACGCUGUCCAGCCACGACGAUGACUUCGAGCCCGCGCAGACUAAAAAGAUCGUAAAUGCUGAUUGAGGUGACUCCUGAGCGAUCUGCGGCGGCGACGAGGAGCCCUAGCCCUAAGCCGACGACUUUAGACCUAGCCCUAAGCCGCCGACGUCAUUAUGACCAAGCCCUAAGCUGCUGACAUCACAUUAGCCCUAACCUGCUAACGUCAUUUUAGCUCUAAAGCCGAAAUUACACCACACUGUUUUUUAAUUUAGAACAGUGUUAUAGGAUUUAGAGAGUAAUGCAAGUGUCGACGCUUUUGCAAAAGGCCACGUUUUCCCUAACGGGCCCAAAAAAAAGUGUGUUGUAAUAACGGCUUAAGAUGAUGACGUCAUUAUACCUAUGCCUUGACGUAAUGAUUCUGCCCUAAUGGCUAAUCUUCACUGAUCUUUCGUCUAGUAACAAGAUAUUUUUUUUGCUAUAAAAUCUACUUGUUGUAUUGUGUUGUACAGUCCGUUAAAAGUAAUUUUACUUCUGCCUAGCCUUUAUGCUAAUGACUUAAGGAUUAGUACAUAUUAUAUUCGGGGUAAAAUAACUUCAAACGGACUCUACAUCGUUCGAAAGAAUAUACAAAUUAUUUGUUACUAGACUAGGCUAGAGCAAACCAGACAUAAGAGCUCUUCACAUCAUUAUAAUGCUCUUAAAUACUUCAAGGUAGUCCUAUAAAACAAUUAGUGUUUUAAUCUGAUACCAAAGAUAUCACAAAGGAAUUGAUAAAAAGUACUUUAUUACCACCUACUUGUAGGAUUGCGUGAUGAUUCCAAUGAGUAUAAUCCAUCUAAUACUAGAUACUAGAUAGAAGUCCAGUUAUUAUAAAAAACAAUAUUUUUUUUGUAAUAACUUAUGUACAGCUUGGCAAUAAAGUAUAUGCAGCUGUAUGGCAACAUUACAUUACUUGUCAACUCUAGUACAUAUUGUGUCAAAAUUGCAUUCAAACGUAGCGUACCUAGCUAGGGAUGUCUAUAAUAAAGAAAAGCGCCCUCAUUUAUAGUCUGACAAGAAAGUGAAGAAAUUAAAAAGUGGCAACAUCGUAGUGUCAUCCCUUUC